AUGGGUUUGCUUCCAUUUUCUAUGGUUUUAUUUCUCUAUUUAAUUAUUGUUCAUUUUGGAGUUUAUGGGGAGGAAAACGUGACACUAGUGAAUGAAAAAAAUUCACUUGUGUCAUUCAUGUCAUGCAUUGUUUCUGACCCCAAAAACGUUCUAAAGAGUUGGAACUCACCAAGGGUACAUGUUUGCAAUUGGUAUGGCGUCAGAUGCAACAAUGCAAGUGACAUGAUCAUAGAGCUUGCUCUUAAUGGAAGCUCACUAGGGGGCACAAUUUCCCCUGCUCUUUCUAACAUCUCUUCCUUGCAAAUUCUUGAUCUUUCUGAGAAUUUUUUUGUGGGUCACAUUCCAAAGGAAUUGGGCUAUUUGAUUCAGCUUCAACAACUUAGUUUAUCUUGGAAUUUUCUUCAAGGGCAAAUCCCCUCUGAGUUGGGUUCUCUUCACAACUUGUACUACAUUAACAUGGGAAGUAACCGACUUGAGGGUGAUAUUCCCCCAUCACUUUUCUGCAAUGGGUCUUCCACACUGAGGUAUAUAGACCUCUCUAACAAUUCUAUAGGAGGACAAAUACCCUUGAGCAAUGAGUGUAUCCUCAAAGAACUUAGGUUCCUCUUGCUUUGGUCUAACAAGUUUGUAGGCCGAGUCCCUUUAGCUCUUUCCAACUCCACAAAACUUAAAUGGCUCGACUUGGAGUCAAAUCGGUUGAGUGGAGAGCUACCAUCUACGAUUGUAAGCAAUUGGCCACAACUACAAUUCCUCUACCUAUCAUAUAAUGACUUUGUUAGCCAUGAUGGUAACACCAACCUUGAACCUUUCUUUUCUUCCUUGAUGAACUUGUCUUACAUGCAAGAACUUGAGUUGGCGGGAAACAAUCUUGGAGGGAAGCUACCCAGUAAAAUUGGUGAUCUUCCCACCAGCUUGUUACAACUUCACCUAGAAGACAAUCUCAUAUAUGGUUCUAUACCUCCAAACAUAGCAAAACUUGUCAACCUGACUCUCUUGAACUUUUCUAGUAACUUGCUAAAUGGAUCAAUACCUCCCAGUCUCUGUCAGAUGGGGAGGCUAGAGAGAAUUUAUUUGUCAAACAACUCACUAUUUGGGAUGAUUCCUUCUACCCUUGGUGGCAUUCAGCAUCUGGGACUUCUUGACUUGUCGAGAAACAAGCUUUCUGGCUCAAUACCAGACACUUUUGCUAACCUAACCCAGUUAAGAAGGCUUUUACUUUAUGACAACCAGCUUUCUGGAACCAUCCCACCAAGUUUGGGAAAAUGUGUCAAUUUAGAGAUUUUGGACUUGUCCCACAACAAGAUUUCAGGGAUGAUCCCUAAAGAAGUUGCAGCCUUGUCUAGCUUGAAACUUUACUUGAACCUAUCAAGCAAUAACUUAGAUGGGCCUUUACCAUUAGAGCUCUCCAAAAUGGACAUGGUGCUAGCUAUUGACCUAUCCAUGAACAAUCUCUCCAGCAGAAUCCCACCACAGCUUGAAAGUUGCAUAGCAAUAGAGUACCUUAACCUUUCUGGUAACUCCUUAGAAGGCCCUCUCCCAGAUUCAUUAGGCCAUUUGCCUUAUAUUCAAGAACUUGAUGUGUCUUCAAAUCAAUUGACAGGGGUAAUACCACAGUCCCUUCAGUUGUCCUCCACUCUCAAGAAACUCAACUUCUCUUUCAACAAAUUCUCAGGGUGUGUCUCAAACAAGGGAGCAUUUUCAUCUUUGACCAUAAACUCUUUCCUAGGAAAUGAUGCUCUUUGUGGCUUGGUAAAAGGCAUGCAAAGCUGCCACACGAAACAUAAAUAUCAUUUGGUUCUCUUAUUAAUUCCAGUGUUACUAUUUGGCACUCCCUUGCUAUGUAUGUUGGGGUACCCCACAAUAAUUAAGCCAAAAGUCCAAAAGCAAUUGGAAAUAGUCAACAGAGGGGACUUGGAGGAUGAAGAUGAGGAAACAAAGGAGCUCAAGUACCCAAGAAUUUCUUAUAGACAACUUCUUGAAGCCACAGAAGGCUUCAGUGCUUCAAGCCUAAUUGGUUCGGGUCGGUUUGGACAGGUCUACAAAGGAGUUCUCCGAGAUAAUACAAGAAUAGCAGUGAAGGUGUUAGACGCAAGAACAGCUGGUGAGAUUUCUGGGAGCUUUAGAAGGGAAUGUCAAAUCCUGAAAAGGACUAGGCACAGAAAUUUAAUAAGGAUCAUCACAAUUUGCAGUAAAAAAGAGUUUAAGGCUCUUGUUCUUCCACUGAUGCCAAAUGGUAGUCUUGAGAGCCACUUAUAUCCGAGCCAUGGGUUAAGCCAGAGGUUGAAUAUGGUUCAGUUGGUGAGGAUCUGCAGUGAUGUAGCUGAGGGAAUGGCCUAUCUGCACCACUAUUCUCCGGUUAGAGUAGUGCACUGUGAUCUUAAGCCAAGCAAUAUACUUUUGGAUGAUGAUUUAACAGCUUUGGUAACUGAUUUUGGUAUUGCAAGGCUUGUAAAAGGUGAGGAGAACAUGCUCACUAGUGACACCACAUCUUUCAGUUCCACACAUGGUUUGUUAUGUGGCUCCGUUGGCUACAUUGCCCCGGAGUAUGGAAUGGGAAAACAUGCAUCAACUCAGGGUGAUGUAUACAGUUUUGGGGUGCUUAUGCUAGAAAUAGUGGCAGGUAAACGCCCCACGGAUGUCCUUAUCCAUGAAGGGUCUUGCUUGCAUGAGUGGGUUAAGAGGCAAUAUGCACACAGACUUGAGAACAUUGUUGAACAAGCAUUGAAAAAAUACUCUCAUUCUGGCAUGCCAAGUCACCAUCACAAAAUUGGGCAAGAUGUUAUACUGGAACUCAUUGAGUUGGGGCUUCUUUGCACGCAUCAAAAUCCUUCAACAAGACCAAGUAUGUUGGAUGUAGCCCAAGAAAUGGGGAGGUUGAAGGACUAUCUUUCUAAUCAAUCUUUUGUGCUGAUUGAAGAUAAACUUAAAUCGGAAAAUAAGUAA